AAGUGGCUUGCAGGUACCCUUUCUUGCUGCUCUCCGCCUCCGGAUCCCGUACACCCUCCACCGAUUCAUCCAUGGAGAAUAUGCUCCACUUAACCCCGUCCCGUGGCUUCCUCCCGGACGAGUUCAUCUUCUCGCCCGACCAGCUCCCGCCUGCCAUCUCCGCGGCCGGUGUCUCCCUUCCCGUCGUCGACAUGUCCCGCAGCCGCGACGAGGUCCGCCGCGCCAUCCUCGACGCCGGCAAGGAGUUCGGCUUCUUCAUGGCGAGUCCAAACUGCAAACCAAGCAUCCUUUGCUUUCCCGUUAACUGGAUGUCAAUCCCAAUUAAUUCAUUUGCAUCGCGAGAAUUAACCAAGUACUGCAGGCAGGGUUCAAUAUUUCGCCGAAUUUUUUUUCCCUGACUGCAGGUCGUCAACCAUGGCGUCUCGGAGGAGGCGAUGCGGGACAUGGAGGCGAUGUGUCAGGAGUUCUUCCAGCUACCGGCGGCGGAUAAGGCUCACUUGUUCUCGGAGGAUCCAAGCAAAGCCACCCGGAUCUUCUCUGGCUCCAUCUUUGAGACCGGGGGCGAGAACUACUGGCGGGACUGCCUCCGCCUUGCCUACGCCUUCCCCGUCGGUGACAGCAGCAAGGACUGGCCCGACAAGCCCCAGAGGCUUCGGGAGGUUGUCGAGAAGUUCAUCGUGCUGACGAGAGGCAUGGGGAUGGAGAUACUGCGGCUGCUGUGCGAGGGCAUGGGGCUCCGACCUGACUACUUGGAGGGGGACAUCAGCGGCGGCGAUGUGGUCCUCCACAUCAACCAUUACCCACCGUGCCCGAACCCGGAGACGACGCUCGGCCUGCCGCCGCACUGUGACCGCAACCUCCUCACCCUACUCCUCCCAAGCUUGGUUCCUGGACUCGAGGUCGCCUACAAUGGCGACUGGAUCAAGGUCGUGCCCGUGCCCAACUCCUUCGUCGUCAACUUCGGCUUGCAGCUCGAGGUUGUGACCAAUGGGAUGCUGAAGACCAUAGAGCACCGUGUGACGACCAACAUGGCGGUGGCGAGGACAACGGUGGCGACGUGCAUCAUGCCGGCAGCAGACUGUCUCAUUGGCCCCGCGGAGGAGUUCCUUAGCGAGGACAACCCGCCGUUGUACCGCACCCUCACGUUCCGCGACUUCAAGCGCAUCUACAAUGUUGUAAAUUUGGGGUCAUCGCUCAAUCUUACCACAAACCUCAAGAACGUUCAGAAGGAGAUAUGAAGCAAAUUAAAACAAAAAUCCGGCCUCCAGGCCGGUUAUGGAUUUCAGUGACAUCGAUCUCUAGCUCCUGGCCUGGAUCCAUGUACGUACGUACGUAAUGCAUACCCGUCCGUCCCUGUUGAUGGUGAUACCCGUCCGUACGUAAUUAAU